GUGAUUCAUGUUAGCGCCCUACACUCCCUAUGACGCUGAUUGACCAGCGCGCACCAGAUACCAACAAACGAUCUGCAUCCGCACUUCUAUUUCAAGCCUCGUAUAUAUGCAGUCGUCAAAAAUGCCGCUGGACCCAACGUCUGCAGCCGCUGAACCUCCCGCAUUAAGUAAGGGUGCCAACGUACCAACAGGCCCUCCACACCCGCAUGCUUUUACCGAUCAGAUGAGUUCUUCUAGAAGGACAGUGGCUUCCAGAAGGCGGGAGCCGCCCUUCAGUAAUGCACAUGUAGAUCUAUUUCAAGCCGUUCGGUGCUUGAUGUACACUCCGAUCUCAUCGAAAGAGAGCGGAAGGAGCGUGCAGCAUGCCAUCGCAUUGCAGACAGCAAGCCCUGUGGAAUAUCAUGUAUGUUGCCAUGGACGAAAAGGUACGUGGUUAUUGUUAUCAGGCCACUCGAACGCAGGAUGGUCGUCAUGUGUGGUAAUUUGAGUGCAUGGUGGCUAUCCCUAGGGCCGGGCCAUUGGAAAGAUGGGUAUCUAAGGCCAAGGCCGUGCCUGCGGUAGACUGAUCAAGAUGACCCAGGGUCAUGGCGUGGCUGUCCUCAGUGUGACAUUCGUGUUCAGAAGGCGUUCAGUUGUCGAGCUGG